GUCUGUAUGCAAGCUGAGGAAAUAAGAGGAGACGAGGGAGCAGGUGAUCUUAGCAGGCUUCAGACCGUGUUUCAGACGAGCAUGCUGGGCCAGCUCACCAUAGCUGUUGGUCUUCUGAGCUGUUCCAGCAUGCUAAUCCAGUAAGUUGUUCUUGAGGAAUAAUCUCAUGUGGUAUGAAAUGCAAGUUGAUUUUUAUGGUGAUAGUGCUCCCUCUUUAAAUGAUAUCCCUGAAGAAGUAGUUCAUUGAGCAUGACUUGGAAGCUUUGUUUGCAAGGUUAUGCUGUUCUCCAUAAUAGACUUUAGUUAAUUGUCAACUUCUGUUGGGGGUUGUUAAUUUUUACCCCCAGUAGGUAAAACAGCAGAGCACUAAGGAAUGAGUGUACACUCCAGUUACAGAGUAGGUAGCAGAGGAUGGUUUAGUUGUUGCAGCUAUUUAGAAAAAACACAUGGAGUUCCUUGUAGAACUAAAUACUAAGUAUUUAUUGGUUAAGUAUACUUGGAUAGGAAAGAACUAAACCUAAUCAAAAGGUCUACAUAAUAGGUAAGGAGGGAGAGAGAUGUUUCCAUCUUCUCUCUAGGAGGAAAGGAAGGAUUGUGACUCAGUAAAGGAAGUGUGGAAGAGUCAGAUCAGGGAUCAUAGAGACGAGACAGGUAGAACAGUUAAGGAGACCCUCACUCACUGUCUCUACUCCGAAUGCCCCUAGUGAUCAUUAGGAUAGUUGGUGCAAAUGGUCGAUGCACUGGAACUCCAUAUCCAACAACUUCCACAUUCCCUCUGGGUUCUCUUUUGAAACACAUUCAUGCACUGAGCUUUUGCUAUCUUCAACUCUGGUUCUCCACAUCAUCACUGGACAUUUAUCAAAAGAAGCCUGGAAAUGAAUAUCUUCAUCAGUCUGCAGAGGAUAAUGUAUUCCUUUAUAAUGUUGAAUAUGGGCAGUCAUACACUCUCUUGACUAACAGCACACUUAAAAAAGUGAAUGCCACAAACUAUGCAAUAUCAGCUGAUCAGAUGUUUAUGCUGUUUGAAAGCAAUUACUCUAAGCACUGGAGGCACUCUUAUUCAGCAUCAUAUCACAUUUAUGAUCUCAUACAUGGAGAUUUUGUCACCGAACAUAAGCUUCCACAUGAAAUUCAGUAUAUAUCCUGGUCACCUGUUGGACACAAAUUGGUGUAUGUGUAUCAGAACAAUAUCUACUUGAAACUAGAUCCUAGACAACCUGCUCUUCAAAUAACUACUGAUGGAACUUGGAAUGGAGUAUUUAAUGGAAUUCCUGACUGGGUAUAUGAAGAGGAAAUGUUUGCUGCAAAAUAUGCACUGUGGUGGUCUCCAAACUCAAAGAACAUCGCAUUUUUACAGUUCAAUGAUACAGACAUACCAGUUAUUGAAUAUUCAUAUUACGGUGGGAAUCAAUAUCCUAGAACAAUAACUGUUCCGUAUCCAAAGGCAGGGGCUAAAAACCCUACUGUUAGAGUGUUUGUUGUGGACACUACCAACCCGAAUGCUUUAAGUCCAAAGGAAAUACCUGCUCCAACAGCGAUAGCAUCAAGUGAUCACUAUAUCACUUGGAUAACAUGGGUAAGAGACAACCGAAUCUGUGUGCAAUGGCUGAAAAGAGUCCAGAACUUCUCUGUCUUAGCCAUCUGUGACUACAAUGACCAUUCCAGAGCUUGGUAUUGCCCAGAGAAUCAUCAGCAUAUAGAAGAGAGUCAGACAGGAUGGGCUGGUGGAUUCUUUGUUUCAGUACCAUAUUUCACUUCAGAUGCCAUUUCAUACUACAAAAUUUUUAGUGACAAGGAUGGUUACAAACAUAUUCAUUACAUCCAAGACUCAGUGGAGAAUGCAGUCCAAAUCACUAGUGGAAAGUGGGAGGCCAUAUACAUCUACAGAGUAACAAAUGAUGCAAUAUUCUAUUCAAGCAAUGAAUUUGAAGGCUAUCCAGGAAGAAGACAUGUAUAUAAAAUUAAUCGUGGAACAAGCUCUAUGACAAAAGAGUGCAUUACCUGCAAUUUAAGAAAAGAAAGAUGCCAAUUCUACAGUGCUAGAUUCAGCAACGAUGCCAACUAUUAUGCCUUACUCUGUUAUGGUCCAGGCAUCCCCAUCUUUGCCAUUUAUGACAGCAAAAACAACAAAGAGAUUAAAGUUUUGGAAGACAAUAGGGAUUUGGAAUCUGCUCUGCAAAAGAUUAGAAUGCCUACACAAGAAAUCAAGAAACUUGAAGUGGAUGGUAUGACCUUAUGGUACAAGAUGAUUCUACCUCCAAGGUUGGAUAGAUCCAAGAAGUAUCCUCUUCUCAUACAGGUAUAUGGAGGACCUUGCUCUCAAGCUGUGAAAUCCACUUUUGAAAUGAGCUGGAUAACCUAUCUUGCAAGCAAGGAAGAAAUUGUGGUGGCUCUUGUGGAUGGUCGGGGAACGGCCUUCCAAGGUGAUAAGAUGUUGCAUGCAGUCUAUAAAAAACUUGGGGUUUAUGAAGUUGAUGAUCAGAUUUCAGCAGUACGAAAGUUUAUAGACAUGGGAUUUAUUGAUGAAACAAGAAUAGCCAUAUGGGGCUGGUCCUAUGGUGGAUACGUAGCUUCGAUGGCACUUGGAUCUGGCACUGGAGUGUUCCGGUGUGGGAUUGCAGUGGCUCCUGUCUCCAGCUGGGAGUAUUAUGCAUCCAUCUACACGGAGCGAUUUAUGGGUCUCCCAACAGAAUCAGACAAUCUUCAACACUAUAGAAAUUCAACAGUAAUGGCAAGAGCGGAGAACUUCCGUAAUGUGGAUUAUCUUCUCAUCCAUGGAACGGCAGAUGAUAACGUACAUUUUCAAAACUCAGCACAGAUCUCCAAAGCUUUAGUCAAUGCGCAAGUGGAUUUCCAAGCAAUGUGGUACGCUGAUCAGAACCAUGCGAUCCCAGGUCUUUCCUAUAAGCAUCUUUAUAUUCAUAUGACUCAUUUCCUCAAGCAGUGUUUGGCUUAAGGAGAGCUUGGUCCAUGAUGCGCCUGCACAAGAGCAAUGUAUGCUCUGCUAUAAAGCAGCAUUAGCCACACAGAUUAAGUUUAUUCUGGAGAUGGAAUACUUAAGUGAAAAUUAAGGAAGCCUUGAUGUUUACAUUUCUUAUUGACACUGUACUCUAGCAGAUCAUAUACCAGCCUGUGUUUGGAUACAUUUAUUUGUCAGGAAUAAACCCAAAACAAUAAAACAAAACUGGAAUUUUAAGA